CUCACACGCCAGGCACGAAGUGACACCGAGCUUGGUAGGUACCAAGAAGUAGCUAGCCAUGAGAUGGGGGACCCGGAAGCAGCAUGCAGCGCAAAAUGCGCAGUGCGUGCAAGAAGAUGAAGGGGAGAGAGGGAGCAAGGGCAAGGGCAGGGCGUUCUCCUUCUCGCCUCUCUCGUGGCUCGCCAAGCUCACGGCGAAGGAGAAGCCUGGUGCGGCUGCUAAGCACGCAGCCGCAUUCCCGCCCAAGAACAGCGCCGCGGCUCCCGCGUUUCCGUCGUGCUUCCCCAAGCGCACCAGCCCGAGCCCGGUGGUGGUCACGCCCGGCCGGCCCAGCCCGCCGCGUCGUUCGCCCGCCGCCACGGACGUCGUCCCGCGGCGACUGUCGGUUGGUAACGACAAUGCCGACGCCGUCGCCGCGCGCCGCCACAGCCAACACCGCCGCCGCCACUGCUCCCUCGGCGGGGACCGCGAGCUCCCGCCUCUCGGCCACCUGAUCCCCUUCUCCCUCGCCGGCUCCCCGGCCCGCCAGCCGCGGACCGCCCCCGCCACUGCGGCGCCAGACACGGACGCCGGAGCGGCGCAGGUGAGGCGGCACCGGCGACGCCGCAGCAGCCGCCGCCUUAGCAGCAGUGGGCGGAGGUCGUCGUUCUACCGGAGGAUGCCACCGCGGGUGCGCGUGCGGUCGCCGCGUGGCGUGGCGCCGGAGCUGGAGAGGCUCGCGGUGGUGCGGCGGACGCGGGACCCGCAGCGGGCGUUCCGGGAGUCUAUGGUGGAGAUGAUCGCGAGCACUACUGGCAGCGGGGGCGCGCCGCAGUCGGAGGAGCUGGAGCGGCUGCUGGCGUGCUACCUCUCCCUGAACGCGGACGAGCACCACGACUGCAUCGUCAAGGUCUUCCGCCAGGUCUUGUUCGAGUACAUCAACCUGCAGCUGCCCCGCCCGGGCGCCUCCGGCAGACGCCCGCUGGGCCGGCGCUGAUCAUCUGAUACCGCCACCAACGCGACAAACAUCCCCCGCCAUCGUCAAUGCGUUCCACGAGUCCCAUUGGCUGGUUUCUGAGCUCGAUGCAGAGCUGAUUCGAAUGCCGAUCGGCGAUUGGCACGUCGUGGUUGGUGUGCUGCUCAUUGUACGUACGCGCCAAGUUGCACCGACGGCACGCGCGGCGUGCACCGAGGUCUGAGGCGAUCUUGUUCGCCGCGCUAUAAUGGAUUAAGUAAAGCUAGAGUACAGUCCCGCGUGAGAUGUUGUUUUGCGGCAUGGGAAGCGAGAUUCGCGUGGCUCCAAUCGUCUGAUAUGGCGGUUUGUAUGCAUGGCAGUGGGCGCUGCAGAUUCCAAAAAUCUACAGUUUCUAGAAUUCAAAUAUCUGACAGUGCCGCCCUUCUUUUGUUGUAUGCUGUUCUGCUGUGUACUGGGGGAUGGUGGCGUGGAACAGUCACGGGUUUGCUUAGGCAGCGGUGUUCUAACAUUACACUACACAGUGAGAAUGUGAGAUCA